AUGAACUCUCUCAUAGAUGACAGACGAAUAAGACACCGAGAGAUCGCCAUUAAGAUUGCAAAGCCUCCUUUAUCCGAUGAAUGGAUAACGCGAUGGUUUGUAUCGGGCCUUUAUCGAUUCCCCCUCGGAAGAGACCAAGGUAUCCUAGCUGUAUCCGACCCCCAAGUCUGGCGGUGUCCAUGGCAACCGAGUCUGGGAUCGACCUGCGGCGCGCGCAGACCCUUUAGCAAACUAACACUUCCAUUAUCACGUGCCCAUCUUGCUGCGCCGCACGUACGGCGUUAUAUACGCGGCUAACGACACGCAUCGAUUGGGCGAUUGUUCUGUCCCGGGGGCACACAUGUUCUCUGCUAAUAGCUCUGUCGAUAACUCAAUGCUCUCUCUAUCUGAUGUGGGUAUGUUAGCGCAAGUCGAUUCGGUGUCUAUAGGCUUUCUUCACCUAAGGUGUCUUAUGAGUUAUCAAU